UAAAAUAGUAAAAUAUGAAAUAACUGCAAACAAAACAAAAAUAAUGGAUAACAGCUUCUUAGAUUUCGAAAAAAUAUGUAGAGUUUGUUUAAACGAAGGCAUAAUGAUGUCGAUAUUCAAAGUGAACAUAUCCAAAAAGCUUAUGUCGUUAGCUCCAAUCCAGGUUUGGCAAAACGACGGACUUCCAACUCAAAUCUGCAACAAAUGCUCAGCGAAACUUCACAUAUCGUUUCAAUUUAAAAAACUAUGCGAAAAAUCAGAUUCCAAACUUCGUCAGUAUUUAAAAAAAGCCUCCGAACAACCAGCAGAUCGACAACAAUCUCAAUUAGUCCGAGCCGAUGUAAAGACUCAACAAGCCCCGAAUAACCCUCAAAUAAACCUUCCUCAAUACGCCCAACCUGUAGCCGAAAAUUGCGUGUACAUCGAAUGCAACCCUUUAAUCGAAAACAUACCGCAAGAUAACCAUUUCAUGUCGUUACCUCAAAACAACCAAUCCCAGAUGACCCAAAUCGAUUAUAAUCAGUUAGGCACUUUUAACGUAGAAGGCGUCGGACAAGUUCAAGUUUACAACAGCUCUUACUCGAUGCCCCUUCAACAGACUACUGUACUGCACAAUACUGAAGUAACAUCAGUACAAAUGCAGUCGCAGCAUCAGGUACAAUACAUAGACCAACCUCAACCGCAAGUAACAGCUGAUGCUAUAGUUAAAAAAGAAGACGAGAAAACCACCUUUAAGAAGGAAAGUAAACCUGAAUCUGCUAGGCAAUGCUCAACAUGUAAUAAGAUUUUCGCCAACACCACCAAGCUCACAAGGCACAUGAAAACUCAUUCAUCAGAUUUACCCUAUAAGUGUAAAGAGUGCAACAAAGGCUUCGCUCAUAGUGGUAACUUCAAAAUUCACCUGAGGACCCAUACGGGGGAGCGACCUUUCAGGUGCGUUGUAUGCGAUAAAGGCUGCAGGCAAGCUCAGGAUUUGGAGAAACACAUGAGGACACACACAGGUGAAAGGCCGCACAAAUGCUUGAUGUGCCCUAAAGCGUUUUCUACUCGUUCGAAUCUCAUCGCCCACGUUAGAAUUCAUACAGGCGAAAGACCUUACGUAUGCUGCGUUUGCCAAAAAUCCUUCUGCCAAUCCAAUGAACUCACCAAACAUAUGCGAACUCAUACCGGAGAAAAAUCUCAUAUUUGUGAUAUAUGCAAUAAAGGUUUCAACGGUUCUAGUACGCUUAUAGUCCAUCGAAGAUCCCACACCGGAGAGCGACCUUACGUUUGUCCGGUUUGCAACAAGGCUUUCACCCAAAACAGCUGUUUGAUGGUGCACAUGAAGCGGCACAACGACAAGAAAACCAAGGAGAACAAGGAGCUGAUGGUGGUGACGCAAGAGACGAAGGAAAACAUCAAUUGUAAUUUCUGCAACAGCAGUUUCGAGAGCACCUCGGAUUACUCGGUGCACGUCAAGUCGCAUUCGAGCGGCGAGGAGAGCUAACGCACGGGGUAAGGCUGCUCUAAUUGCGUUAAAUUUAGUUACUUGGAGAUACUAUUGUGAUUUUUUUUAUUUAGGAUUAAGUAUUUAUAUUUUACAAGUGUUUUUUUUUUAUUUUGAGUGUUUUAUUUGCAGUUCAGUACUAGGCAGUUUUAAAACUUAUUUGUAUACUCAUUUAGAGAACCGUUUUGUUCAUAUUUAUUAUCGAAACGAAUGAAAUUAAGAUUGCAAUCUAAAUUUAAUGUACCAAUUAUAAUGGCAUAUUCCCCAAUUCUAUUGAAAUGUCUUCAUUAGUUAUAUAGACUAAUAACUUC